AUGAAGGUGCCCAAAGUGACCAGUAUCCUCCUUGUGGUGCUUGUGUCGCUCACGAUGCUCAACUUCAUUCUAAAGUACUACACCUACUUUGUCUUAAUAGUUCUGUCUUCUAAGCAUUCAGCUAGUGAAGUCAAUUCCAUAGCCCAGGAAACGGGUGAAGUACCUCAUCCACACGAGCUCUUCGUGCCUUUGCUCACAUUCAUCCCAUCUAGAUCGCCGGUAUUCCUGCGACCCUGGGUGCUUAUCACUUCUUCCUUCAUUGAGGAAAACUUUGUAGGACUCACCAUGAGCUUCAUGCUCUUCUUUUAUCUUGGAAAGUACUUGGAAAACAUGUGGGGCUCGAAGGAAUUGACCAAGUUUGUGUUUGCCAAUGUGAUUGUAGCCAAUGUCACGUUGUACUUUUACUACGUUUUGAAGAGCUUUGUCAUCAGUGAACAAACCAUGGAAGUACCUCCUGUAGUCAUCUCAGCAAUGGCUGUCAACAUGGGUCUCUUCGUUGCCAUCAAGCAGAGAAUAUCCAACCACUACUUCAUCUUCUUCAAGGGUAACUUGCGGGUAAAGGUCACGUUCUUGCCUUUUAUCCUCUUGGUGUUGUGUUUCUUGCUUCUGCUAAUAUCCGAAGAGUUCUACAUUUCGUUUCUCCUAAGCUUUCUUGGGUUUGUAAUAAGCUGGACUUAUUUGCGAUUCUUCAAGGCCGGUACCAACGACCGCCAGUCGUAUCUCCUCCCGUUUGCCUUGAACAGAAAGAGAUCGUCUAAAAACAAGUACAAGCUCCAUCCAACAGGUCCUGAGAAUCUCACCGUCGGCUCCACAUCUACAAAUCUUCAAAUCGAUAGCUCUUACAUCAAGGGUGAUCGUUCUGAACAAUUCUCACUAUACACAUUCUUCCCAGCACCUUUGUCGUUCGUGGUGAAGAUGGUGUCUUCCGUAGUCUUCAACACUUUAGUACACUACCAUUUCUUAAACUCUAAGGACUUUGCCACAAUUGACGUAGACGAUGACGACAACUUACAAAUGGAGGAUGUCAACAACCUACAGACUACAUUAUUCGACUUGUCACCGCUCAAGGGAGCAGAAAACGUAUCUGCUAUUCCCCAUGCUGGCUCCAGUAUCAAGAAGGUAUGGGACUGGUUUUCCAGCAGCAAAUCACAGUCAACCAAGCCAUUUAGCAUUAAGUCCAGUAUGGACAAAAGAAGAAAAUUAGCAUUGAAGGAGUUAGAAUAG